UGAAAACCGACGCGCUGGGAUCGCGGAUGCAGUUUAUGCAGUCGUCCCGCACCCUGAGAUCUCAUCUCUCGGAGACAUCCUACCGUCAAGCCCGUCCCAUCUUCCCUGAGACGACCCAGAAAUUCUGUUUUGAUCUCUCUGCGAACCGACUCGGCAGUGGGAGAACUUCUGGCAUCUGCUCUCGACCAUCUAUGGUACUGUUGUCACUCGAAACGGCUCUGGACAGACAUAAAUAGCUGCGAGGGCCACCCGCGAGUGCCCUGUCGAUAAUCAGCAGACCAGGGGAGUAGCAUUCUGCCGGUGCCGCAGCAUUCUUGGUGCUCUCCACCAGGGUCGACUCGCAGGCCGCCCGCAAGCUCCGGGCGUGUGGCAAAUCACAUCGACCGUCCACGGGGCCGCAGAUCAUCUCGAACGAGGAAUGCCUGUCUGUUCUUUUCUCGGGCCUGCCAUCCCAGAGCCAGGCACGGCCUCGGCCGCGUUGACGAUCGCUCGCUGCUGCCGACUAUCGAUAACGGACGCAGCCGCUGCCGCUGCCGGCGAGGAAGGGAAGGCAGGGGCCGCUCUCACGCGUCGCGCGAUCCCUGGCAAUCGAUAUCCUGCGCGCGCGAACACGAUCACGCUGUGUGUUCUUCCAGGAGACUUCCAUGUUCAAGAUCCCAGCCCAAAUGACCGAUUCGUCGUCGGGUGCCGCGUGGGCACUGCCCGGUGUGCUGUGGUGUUAGUGUGUUGCGGUAUCUGACUACUUAUAGCGGCAUCACCACAGGGCAGCAGAGCACGGACAGGGCCACAGAUCCUGAUCCAGCGGACAGAUUCUCAGGUCCAGAAACGAUCGUCGCGGCAGGCCUCUCUGGGUUUCUCACAGGACGCUCGCUGAUUCCCGUCCAGGCUCGUCGUGCUCUCCGGUCCGAGACGCAUGUCGUCAAUUGACAAUCGAUUUCAUAGACCGUGGUACAUACUUAGCAGCAAUAUGUAGUAGUUUGAGUACCUACUGUCCUGACAUGAACUAAGUGAUGACAACGUCAAGCCAAACAUGCGAGAUCAGGCAGUGACCUGGAGGCGACACCCCGCCGGCGAUAUCUCUCGACCGUCUUGGCACGCUCGAGGACAAACGAGUGGGGACACAACGCGAUCCAGGAGUGUCGUUCCGCGGACGGACUGCGAGGCGGUGCAGCCCGAGAAACGAAGGCGGCCGGCUCAUCUGCCAGCGAAUACGUAGCAGCCCAGGUCUCAGCCCCAUCCAGAUCCGGCAGAGACUCCAGCGGCGAAUCGAGCGGGAUCGACACAAACGAAUCGCGGCCCUCUGACGCGGCCGAGCGUAUCUCCGCGUACAUGUCAUCCAGCGACGAAAGCAGCUCGUUGAUGACCACCGCACUGGAUCGCGAGCUAUCGGAUGUCCCGCGCGAACUGCUGGUUGAGCCGGACUCCCGCUUGACGAUGGACAGCGGCUCGACGUGUCCCAUCCCGUCAACCGGCAGGGACGUCGAAGGUGGAAUCGUCGGUGUCCAGCGCUUCGUGAAGGUCGCUUUCGGGGGCAUCGGGAACGCAAAGCCCGCCCAGCUAGGUAGCAGCGACUCGUUUGGCCCCGUAGUGCUCGCUUCUCGGGGCUUCUCGGGACCUCGUAUAGCACUGUUACUGUUCCUGCUGCUGCUGCUGCAUUCGUCCCUCCCCACAGGAGCCAAGACAGCGGGCUCGGCUUCGACAGACAGCGGAAAGGUACGACACCGCCGAAUAGGGGACAGGCUGUUCAGCUCGGUGUAUCGGGGCUGCCGACGGAGGCUGUGGAUGAGCGAAUCGCGUGCGAGUGGCAGCGGAGGAGCCGCAUCGGGCCUAGCAGGAAUGGUGAUUGACUGGGCGAAACGUCGGCCGUCCGGGUCUCUGGGCAUGACAGUCUUUGCAGACAGAGAAGGACUCGUCAUCUCCGGAGGAUCGAAUGGAGGAGAAGACGACAGCGGUCGAUGCACUUGGCCCGCAGAAUGCUGUUGCUGUUGCUCCUGCUGCUCCUGCUGCAGCUGCUGCGCCUUCGAAGAACCGCUCGAAGAACCGCUGGAGCCGGUGGGUGAAUCCGGUCGGAUACCCAUUUCGAAUGGAUGCCACCCGUUCUGGGCCUUUCCCUCUGCGAUCGCAUCGCGAGCUUCUUUCGAGAUGUCGAGAACUCCCUCAAGGAUAACGGGCUGGCCCUGGAUGACCUGCUGUCCGACACGCUGUGGUCUGGUGGCACUAAAGCGCUUCUGUCUGCUCCGCCGGAAUCGAGGAAGGAGGCUGGUGAUGGUAUCCAUGAAAGGAGAUGGGCCUGCGCUGAACCAGACAUCAGGCGGAUACCCGAAACUUGGCGCAUGUCUGACAAUGGGUACAGGAGAACAAUUUGAUCCCGCCGUUUUCGUCGGGACCUGACGAAGUGCCCCAAGACGAGAGAGAAGUCGCAUUGUAACGCCGCAGUUUCUGAAGCGAGGAAGACAAGUGGCAUUGGUGUACAGAAUGUUACGUGAGGCCUAGGGCUGCACAUGAAGGGCAUGGAUGGAGCGGGAUGGUGCACGCACAGAUAAUACAUAUGGAUACAGACUCUCAUCACACCUCCUCUACUACUACUCGCGAUCCAUGAGAUCCGGUGUCGAAGCACAGGAGGAGAUUACUCACUUCGCCAUUGAUGAUGUCGUGAAUGGACGCCUCCAGUGCAUCGACGCGCGUCGACAUCUGAGACACUAAGGAGGACAGUGAGAGAACAUUCUCGGAUGCAGAAUACCGUAACGCGCGCGCACUUCUUUCGAGGAUCUGGCUCGACAUCUCAUCGAACUUGGUAUCCAACUGCUCAAGAAGCGACUCCACCUGGCAGCAGGGGUAAGAGACAUAAGCAGGGCAGCAACCGUCCACUCCUCACGAAAGCUGUCAGUUCGUGGG